AUGGAGGAUAGCAGCGGCGUGUCGCGCGAGGAGUUGGCCGCUGCGCUGGUGGAAAUUUCAGAGGGCAAGGUCCCCAGCGACUUCAGGGUGCUGCAGGAGCUGCACCGGGAGAUGACGACCUGGCCAGGGCUGGACGAGGAUGCUACUCCCGGCAAGGUGACGACGGAGGACCUGCGGCCCCAGAUGACCCCGGCGGCGGAGGAGGCAGCCGCGGCGUGGCGCACCUCGCCCAGCCCCAGGCCGCCCGUUGGCCGCGGCACCUCCCAGGAAGCUGCCGGCCCGCUGGACCUGUUGCCCGACUGGGUGGGGUACAGCGCGCUGUACCUCGUCUCCAUCGCGCCCGUGCUGAUCGCCGUGGCGGCCAUCGCCAUCCUCUUCUACAGCUCCCUGCGCUGA